GCGGCGGCCAUGGCGUACUCCACCGUGCAGAGGGUGGCCCUGGCCUCGGGGAUCGUCCUGGCUGUGUCGCUGCUGCUGCCCAAGGCCUUCCUGUCCCGCGGAAAGCGGCAGGAGCCGCCGCCGGAAGGAAAGCUGGGUCGAUUCCCACCUAUGAUGCAUCAUCACCAGCCACCCUCAGAUGGCCAGACCUCUGGGGCUCGUUUCCAGAGGUCUCACCUCGCAGAAGCAUUUGCCAAGGCCAAAGGAUCAGGUGGAGGCACUGGAGGAGGAGGUAGUGGAAGAGGCCUGAUGGGACAGAUUAUUCCAAUCUAUGGUUUUGGCAUUUUUUUAUAUAUACUAUAUAUUCUAUUUAAGCUUUCAAAGGGGAAAACUCCUGCAGAGGAUCGGAAAUGCUCUACGGCCACAGCUGGAAACACCCACAGGAAAAUUACCAACUUUGAGCUUGUUCAACUGCAAGAAAAACUGAAGGAGACCGAGGAAGCCAUGGAAAAAUUAAUUAACAGAGUGGGACCUAAUGGUGAGAGAACACAGACUGUGACUUCUGACCAAGAAAAGCGUUUGCUGCAUCAGCUCCGAGAAAUCACCAGGGUCAUGAAAGAAGGAAAAUUCACUGACAGACCCACUCCAGAGAAAGAAGCUGAGGAGGCCCCUUACAUGGAAGACUGGGAAGGUUAUCCUGAAGAGACUUACCCGAUUUAUGACCUUUCAGAUUGCAUCAAGCAUAGGCAAGAAACCAUCCUAGUGGAUUACCCUGACUCCAAGGAACCCUCUGCUGAAGAAAUAGCUGAAAGAAUGGAAUUGCUAGAAGGUGAAGAAUCAGACCAUUUGGGCUGGGAAGUGCCCACUAACCCCAGAGCCCGGGAAGAUAAUUCUGUUACCUCAUGUGACCCAAAGCCAGAAACCUGUUCCUGCUGCUUUCAUGAAGAGGAGGAUCCCGCGGUCUUGGCAGAGAAUGCUGGAUUCAGUGUAGACAGUUACACUGAGAGAGAGGAAACCAGAGAAGUAUGGCCCCAAGACUUCAGGGAGUCAGGGUUGGGCAUCAGCACUGAUAAAAUGUAUACAGAUGGCACAUUGAGGAAGCGGAACCCCCAGAGUUUGGAGUUGAAAACAGCUGGUUUGGGGAAGUAUCCACUACUCUAAUCCCAGGGUGACCUUUCUCUCCUUUCUCAGAUUUCAUCCUUGGCCCUGUGCCCUAUACUGCAUUCUGUGUUUAAAUAUCCUAGCUAAUCAGGCCACUACCAUGGAUAUCAUGUAUCCUUUCUGGUGCUCACACACCUGUCACCUUGUAAAACACGAUAGCAAUUAGUAUGAACAUAAUACAGCUUCACUCUUUCUCUUCAUGCCUGUCUUCCACCAGAGAGUUGAUCGCUGAGUAAUUAUGUUUGAUCUAUUGUACACUCAGGGACAGAGGUCUGACUCUUCGUGCUAGGAGUAGCAGACAGUUUACCUGUGAAUGAAUAUCAAUUUUAACGUGAUGAGAAUUUACGGUUGCAAAAGUGAAGAUUUCAGAGUCCAAGAUGUCUUACUCUGUGGGUCUUGAGCAGGUUAGUGGUCCCAUGAAUUCAAGAAGAGAACAUUUUUUGUGGGUAUGAUGGGGCCAGAGCAGGGUAAGACUCUGCUGGGUGAGCUGAAGCCCAUUUAUCACAGCAAGGGCCUUCUUAGGAGCAUUGUUGCUGCCUCAGAUACCCGCUUUUCUUCAGAGUUGAAGGCCCCAGUGAUUUGUGAAUGAGCCCGGAGACCUGUUGGGGGACUGUUUUGCUUCAGUAUUGCCUGGAUCUCUAGCUUCCUUUAUCCCUGCUCUGUUUCACAGAACUGCCAACCUGGAAGCACCUUUAUACCUCUGGCCCUCAGUGGCCAGAAGGUUUAGAGACUUUUUAGGCCUUGCCCUACAGAGCCAAGGUCUGAGGCUGUUAAGGCUACGAGAAAGCCUGUGUGACGGUGCUGGUCCUCCAUAACAUGCUCAGGCGGCCAGAGAGGCAGGGAUAGGGAAAGAAUCCGUGUACUUAGUGGCAGUCCUUGCCUAGAAGCUAUUUCUAAAUAUUGUGCCCUCUGCAAUCACAUGAAUUGAAAGAGAAAUGAGGAGGACUGAGCUUAUUAGACAAAGUGCCAGCCCCAAAGGGAAGUUGCAGUGCGUGUCUUUUGCAGAGAACCAGUAUAGCAGGGGAAUAUAGCCCUCAUAGCUAUGUAGCCCAGGGGAAGAGACUAUUUGUUUUAUAUUCAGAUACCUGGCUCUUUUGAGAAGGGUGGGAAAAGUAGGAGGUAGGUUAUGGCUGGAAGGAUUUGGACCAAACUGCAGGCCUCAUCUCUAAGGUGCCAUCUGCUAUGUGUCUUCUGGAGAUAAAAUGGCACCCAGGUAUCCUGGCUAGUAAAGAUGAGUGAAUUCAGUUUCCAUGUAAGACCUGAGUUUAAAGAGGACACAUUCCCAAGAACAUUCCCAAUCAUAAAAUGUGGAAGAUGUGAAAAUUAAGAAAUCUUUUAAGGGUAGAUCGGGCUUUUGGAGUUCCAUUGUUCCUGUUGACUAAGAUUUUAACUAAGGAAAAUAGUCAAAAUCACACAUCUAAGCCUAGCCUACAGACUGUCAGAAGGUAUGGGAUCAUAUUAACAUAAUACAUCAGCUACCAUUAGGCAUUUCUUGCCAAUGAAAUUAACAUUUUUUUUGUUACAGAGAGAAGUCAUUGAAGACUGAGUCUCUAGGAAGUAUAUUGCAUCUGUCUCUGUGUAGAACAUUUGAUUUACUUUAGAGAAUGUAGUUUAAAAUGUACUGGAAAUAAUCUAGAUGUAAUGCUCAAGGUAGAAUAUAAUGUAGGUGCUCUUCACUGUUUUGAUAAAUUGUUUUCCAUUAUUUCCUUUCAUUCACUGUGAGGGGUUGAUUUAUGAGGAGUCCUGGGUGCCAAUUUCUUUUUUGCCUUAGUAUAUAUAGCUCCCUUAUUAAGAAGUGUUUCUAGUUUAUUCAUUCAUGUGUUCAUUUAGCAGACACUGCCCAGAGGUAGGCGGUGGGAGCAAAGGCUCAGUUCCUAACUUUAAGAAACAAAGUUUGGUUGGGAGACUUGUCCAAUUUUUUUUUUUUUUUUUUUUAACAAACUAUAUAAAAGGGCUCAGGAUUGUGAAUUCUGCAGGCAGAGAAAUGUUGCUCAUGAUUCCAUCCCUGCCUAUUCUAUCUGUAGAGUCUUGUUGGCUCCUUAACCCUACUGAGUCUUGGUUUUCUCCUGUCUAGUGCAGGGGAGUACAAGCCCAGGGUGGUUAGAAGGAUUAAAUGUGAGCUCAUCAGCAUAUAUGAAACAGCACUGGUCCUCCUAGCUCAUAUAGGAUAACCACUCAAGUAGUAGAUAAUUUACGUUUAUUGUACAAGCCUUUUAUGCUAUAAUGGAGACAUGGACCCAAAUCUAUGGAAACACAAAUAUCAUUUUUGCCAAAGUACUUCCAAAAAACUUUACAGACAAGUUGGAUCUUGAGGCAUGCUAAGACCUUCAGGUGGCCAAGCAAGAGAACAUUCCUGGCAGAGAGAGCAGUGUUAGACAAAACUAGUGGGAAAGUGUAUGGAUGUUCAGGUAUUUUUAUGAGGAUGGUAUGUAAGGUGUCGUAUAACCACUCUUUAAUUUCGAAUGUUAAUCUUUGGGGGAAAUUGGCUUAGGAAAAUAGUUCCUACCAGAAAUACUAAGAGCUCAUGGUUCUUGCUGCCCUGUCUCUUGGUUGGCUUAAACAGCAAUAAAUAUUAACCUAUUUAUAUUUUUAGAAAUGGUGAUUAUUCAUCAGUCAUUUGGUCCUUUUUGGAUUUCCCAGAAUUAUUUUAUCCUUCAGGGAUGACAAUUAUGUGUAUAUACAACCUGGAAUGACCAAAAUCCUAGGGCUGGUUUUUGUUGUCAUGCUUAUCGCUCUCAUCAUGGUCUUCAUUUUUCAGAACUGGUCUGGGCUGUGAACUUGGAUCAGCCCCCAGGUGCUAGGUCUUCAGUGACUUUUGAGCACUGUGGCAGAGCAUGGAGGACAGAUGGGUGGCCUAGGAAGCCACUGCAUGACCUGGGACCAUGCGUGGUUAAAUCAGGUGGGUGAUCUGGGCGGGAGAUCCUCUUUCCUGUCAUAACAGGAGCACAGAGAAAGCACCACCUUGGGAGCUCUAUGAUUGGCAGUGUACACGAUCCAGAAACUAGGCCCAGGAACGAAGGUAUUUUGAAGAUUGGAGGUAUAUUUGACCUUUAGAAGAGAUGGCCUAGGAGAACCACUCUCUACACCUCAUGUUACAAACUAAGACACUUCAGGGAAAGGGAACUUUAAUUAUAAUUAUGCCAGAACAAUAGGUAUAAGCCAGGACUAUCCUGAACCUAUUUAAAAGCUUUGUUUUUAACCUAACCACUAAACAACAAAAACCUCUUUUUUAGUAAGAACCAGUAUUGCUGUUUCCCACAGAGGCAGAGCCAAGGAGAUAUAGGCCAUGGUUGUGGCAGGAAAUUAUCUUGGCCACAUAAAAACUGCAAAUCUAGGGUAAAAAAUAAACCAACCCUAUUUUUGUUCCUAAGGGCCGGGCCCCCAGGGGGUCACUCAGGAGCUAAAACAUCCCCUUCUUGCAGAGAGAGGACUGCACUAACCUGUUCUUCCAGCCCUUCCUUGCCUGGGGGGGUGUGGUUCUGACCAUCCUUAAAUUUGAAGAGCACAGCCAGAGACAGGACAGCCUCAACCCUUAUGGUAGUGUUUCCAACCAAGACAUGAUGCCUUCUCACCCACCCCUGAGGCUCUUAAGACAGAAGGAAAGAAUGGUGUAGGAGGAACUUUUAGGUAAGAAAGGGUUUUUUUUCUCCUUUUCUAGGAAGAAAAAAAUGCAUUGCCAUAUUUGAAACAGUUCAAGUUUAAUUUGUUGAUAUAUGGUCUGUACUUAGACAAACACUUAAGUUCUACAACAUAUAUAAUGUUAACAUGGGAAAAUACCAACUUUGUCAUUGCACAUACCAGUAAAUAAAUACAUCUGCUCAAGAAUA